AUGAAGUUCCAAAAACUCUUGCUUUUUGGAGCCGGGGUCCUUGCAUGGUCUCCCACAAACAAUUACGCCCCAGCUAAGGUCGAUUGCCCAUCCGGAAGCUUGGUUAGAGCUGCCGAUAAAAUCUCCGAUGAUGAGUCUUCCUGGGUCAAGGAAAGAAACAAGGUGACUGACAAGAAUCUAGAAUCAUUCCUUCAAAAAGCUGAUUUGGACGACUUCGAUGUGUCAAGUUUCCUUUCGAACACUUCGGACGGUAGAUCUAUCAAGAUCGGUAUUGCAUUCUCCGGAGGAGGCUAUAGAGCUAUGUUAGCAGGAGCAGGCGAACUUUCCGCUCUAGACAACAACACCGUUGGCGCCUCCUCUCAUGGUUUGGGUGGCUUGCUUCAAUCUGCCACAUAUUUAGUGGGGUUGUCUGGUGGUAACUGGCUUGUGGGCAGUUUGGUCAUGAACAACUGGACGAGUGUACAAGAGAUUGUGGACGAAAAUAAGAUCUGGAACUUGGAGCAUUCUAUUGUCAAUUACGGUGGAUGGAACCCUAUCAAAGCUUAUAAUUAUUAUGAUGGUAUCUACGAUGAUGUUAAAGAUAAAGAGGAUGCGGGCUUCGAACUUUCCAUCACCGACACAUGGGGUAGAGCUUUGUCUCAUCAAUUCUUCCCUGAACUGACUAAUUAUGGUAAUUCUUUACUUUGGUCUCAAAUUCAAGAUAUGGAUGAUUUCGUCAACCAUGACAUGCCUUUUCCGAUUGUUGUUGCAGACGGCAGAACGCCUGGUACUACAAUCAUUAGUGGAAACUCGACAGUUUUCGAAUUCAAUGCAUUCGAGAUGGGUUCUUGGGACCCUUCUUUGUAUCAAUUCACUGACGUCAGAUACUUGGGUACGAAAGUGAAAGACGGAAAACCAUUGAACAAUACUUGCAUUGGUGGAUUUGAUAACGCUGGUUUUGUCAUGGGUACCUCCUCUUCCCUUUUCAACCAGUUUGUUUUGCAGAUUAACACUACUUCUCUUUCUAGUACACUCAAAAGUAUAAUCACCAGUUUGUUGGAUCAUGUUUCAAAAGAUGAGGACGACAUUGCUAUCUAUGAACCAAAUCCAUUUAAAGGAACUGACGAAGCUUCAGUAGAGAGCAUUGUUAAAAACGACACAUUGUACUUGGUCGAUGGUGGCGAAGAUUUGCAAAAUAUUCCAUUGCACCCUUUGAUCCAACCCAAAAGAGGUCUCGACGUCAUCUUUGCAUACGACAACUCAGCUGACACUAACGAAAGCUGGCCGAAUGGAGCAUCCAUGGUAGCAACUUAUGAGAGACAGUUUUUGAAACAAGCGAACUCUACCAUUUUCCCUCACGUUCCUGACAUCAAUUCAUUUAUCAAUUUGAAUUUGACUGCAAAACCUACCUUCUUUGGCUGUGAUGCGAAGAACCUCACUUCAUUGCUCCCAGAUGGCGCUGACCAAAGUGCUGUUUAUGACUCGCCGUUGAUUGUUUACACUGCCAACAGACCAUUCACGUACUACUCUAACACAUCGACAUUCAAGCUCUCAUAUGAGGAUGACGAGAAGUUUGGAAUGAUAAAAAAUGGUUUUGAAGUUGCUUCCAGACUCAAUGGGACUUUGGACAAGGAAUGGAGCACGUGUGUUGCUUGUGCAAUCAUUAGACGUGAACAAGAAAGACAAGGUGUUGAACAAUCUGAGCAGUGCAAGAAGUGUUUCGACACUUACUGUUGGGAUGGCAGUAUUGACACCAGUGAGCCUGGUGUGAAUUUCACAAGCACUGGAUCCACUUCUGGACCAGAGGAAAACGGAAACAGAACAGUAAGUUUCGGCUACUCCUUGGUAAGAUCCGAUGAUAACUAUGGCUUACUUAAAAUUGUUUUGUUGGCUUCUUUGAUCUCAGUUGUCAGCAGUUUCUCUUUCUGA